GAUUUGUUUGUUUCUGAAUUCUGACUAGCAAUAAGGUUCGAUCCCUGUCUCCCUCUUUCUAACUUUGAUCUCUUCUUUUUCAUUUCUGUCAUCACUUAUACUCUCAUUAUCCAUACACACAUUCUAGCUCAUUUCUUCUUAAAAAAACAUAAAAUUCUUUUCUUCAACUAGUCUUUUUGUGUAAUAUAUCAAUCUCACAUAUAAUUAGUUGUUUUUAUCUCAAUUCCUUUUCAAGUCUCACCUCAGUUUGCCAUGACUACUACUACACUUGUCCUGUUGGUGGUCUCAUGCUGCUUCUUGUGGUUGAGUCUAUCGUCAGCAGCAAAAGUGGUUAAUCCACAGAUCACUGUCAUGGGUAUGGUUUACUGUGACAUUUGUUCCAAUAAUUCCUUCUCCAGGCACAGCUACUUCAUGCCAGGUGUAGAAGUGAAAAUAGAAUGCACCUUCAAGGCAAUGGCGACAAGGACGGCAGAACUAGUAUCAGUGUCAGUGAACAGAACUACUAACAAAUAUGGAGUUUACAGGUUGGAGAUACCUUCUGUGGAUGGAAUAGAGUGUGCUGCUGAGAAAGCAGUGGGCAAUUCCUGCAGGGCUAGCCUUAUUGGAAGCUCAUCUUCGUUCUGUAAUGUACCUGGCUCUACAAGAACCACUACUGAUGAGAUUACAAUCAAAUCUAAACAAGCAAACAUGUGCAUCUAUAGUCUCACUGCUUUGAAUUUCAGACCUUCUAAGAGAAAUGUUGCUCUCUGUGGAAAUUAGAACUCCAACUAUCUUAUUUCCUUUUUAUAUGUCUUCUCUCAUUCCCAUUUAUAGGGAAUAUAAUAUGUAUAAUUCAUGUCCCUUUUAUUUCCAGUAAUCAAAAGCUAUGCUGUUAAAUACAAGGAUAUGUAUUAGAAACAGGCACCAAGUCCUCAUCCUUGCCAGAGGAACUGUUCUUAGAUGCUUAAUUGUUCUUGAUGGAAAACAAAGAAAGAAGGUUCAAAUUUGUGUCUUAUAGCUCUUUGGAAAUAAGAAUCUCAUUUUACCUUUUACUGA